AUGUGCUCUGAAAGACGGUUGAUCGAGCCUGUGAUCGAGCUCUCGCUCUGGAUUAUGCAAGAGAAAGGGGAAGGUUAUGGAAUGCUUGGUCAGGCUGGAAGAAAGGCUCGAGUAGCAGCUCGGCAGAGCAAACCUGCUGCUAAGAAAUGCAGGGACAGGCAGUUUGGUAGCAGUGGCACUACUCCUGGUCUGACGUCGAGCCUGGCAUUCGCACUAGUGCAGGGGAUCGAGCUGAGCAAUCACAAGCUUACGCAUAUCAACUGCGCAGUGGAAUCCAAAGUAGCUACUUGA